UUACCGCCGUCUCUCCUCCUCCUCCAUCAUCAAUCACCACCGCCAUUCGCUCGUUUCCAACCAUCUCGCCGAGUCGCUGAACGACGACUGGCAUACUCUCCCUCAUCAGUACCACAUCCUACAGGUACCUACGCAUAACCUCCAGCAUUCCUCCGCCGCGAUAAACUGCCGUCAUCGCCAGGGAUCGCCCGCCAGGCGCUGCCAGUUGCACCACGCCCUCAAUCCGGCUCCCAUCGCUGCGCUUCCUCAUCAUCACGUCGCUCAGGUGUCGCUCCUUUGCAAAUAAUCUGCUCAUCAACCACAUGCGCCAUGGGUCGCCCACUCUUCGUUGCCCCCGUCGAGACCGAUCUUCCUCACAAAGAGGCGACCAAGCGUGACGUGCUCUCUCCUGGCCGCUCAGCCAUCAGGCGCUCGGCCCAGGCAGGCUUUCGCGAUAGGCGGAACGCCAUCAGACGCGCCGCCGUCCGCAUCGUCGACAUUCCACCACCCUCUGCCCCGCUGUCUCCCCCGCGAAGAAGGGUCAAUUCUACCACCUUUGAGGCCAACAGCUGGGAGGCCGAGCUGGGUUUUGCCGAAGAGCCAGAGCCGGCGCGCGAGGCAUUGAGGGAUGUCACCACCAGACCGGAGCGACGGAGAGACCGCUACCUGGAACAGCAGAUGAGCUCCAUCUUUGGCGGCACUUGGCAUAGCUUCAGUCCCCCAUCAUCUCAGAGGGAUGAUGAAGCUCGAGCGGAAAGAGACUUUUGGUGGAACGAACCUCGACCACGGCGCGCCCGCGUUGUUGCGCCAGACGAUCUGAGACGCAACCGCAGCAAUCCCCACGAGCACCAUUCUCACCAAACAGGCACUCCACCGCUGCGCCCGGCGCGGGACGGGCUCGAAAGGUCGCGCACCGAAUCGCCGUCAAACGACGACGCAUCUCAGCCGAACGCCUUUCAUGUCUACAGGCGUUGGCGCCGGAACCAAGCACAAGCACGCGAGUUCCGAGCGCUCAUGCGGCACUCGUACGCCAACACCCGUCCCGACUCCAACUCGUUUGAUGGCCUAGGAGACCGCGACAGGAGCCUGAGCCCGGAGGGCUGGGACACCUUGCUCUCGACCCUGACGCCUGACCCCCAAGCACCCAGCGCAACGUCUUCGUUUGCCUCUGCAGCCGCGUCCCAAAACGCAGGCCCUUCCAAUGCCCUUCCGCCUGCCCCGGGCGUGCCUGACGAAGCUGCUGACGGUGCUUGUGAAUCGGGACAUGAGAUGUCUGAUGAUGACGACGAUGACGACAACAACAACAACUAUGCCAAUUGGCAGUCCCGGGCUGAUUCGCUCACCAGAGACGUGGGGGUUGUGCGCCUCUACAGUCUCAACGGCGUUCCGGCGCCUGGAGUACCGCUCCCUAGGCCCGAAUCAUUGAGACGCAUUCGGAGCCUCGCGCCCCGGGAUCAUUCGCUGUCGCUGACCCGCGCUCGAACUUCGGGCUCAGGCUCAGAGGACGAGAGCCGACCCGGCCGCCUCCAGCCUAACCGGGAGGACUCAGCCGGCAGCGGACGUGGUGCUCAUGCUGGGGACGAGGAGUGGUCAGGCAUGCAGCGAAUCGUUCGCAGUCUUGCGGCCAGAGAAGACAUUCCGGACGAGUGGUGGGCUGAGGCUGGCCUGAACCGAACACUUCCCCAAGAUGGGUCUCAUUGGUGA